CAGAGCGCACCGAGAGCGCACGGAGUCCAGCAGCCCAGCUCAGCUUCUAUUCUUCUGCUGCUGCUCUUUACUCUGCUUUCUCCUCUUGUUUUCCAAAAAGAAACCUUUUUUUAAUUCUUAUUAUUAUUAUUUAAAUCAGAACCGACAUGAAUUCUCACUGCAACGGGAAAGUCGGAGAAACCGCAGUGGAGGAGUUCCACUGCAACAACGGCUUCGGCGACCUCAUCAUCGACACCAAGAAGUCCGCCGUUGUCCACCGCAAGCAUGAGACGUCCCGCAAGGAGGCCGAGGACGAGUCCCGCUUACCCGCGCUGGAGGCCGCCUACACCAGCAUCCUGCGGCACCUGGGAGAGGACACGGACCGGGACGGUCUGUUGCGCACGCCGCUGCGCGCCGCCAAGGCCAUCCAGUUCCUCACCAAGGGCUACCAUGAGACCAUCGAUGACAUCCUGAACAACGCCAUAUUUGAUGAGGACCACGAUGAGAUGGUGAUUGUGAAGGACAUAGAUGUGUUUUCCCUGUGCGAACAUCAUUUGGUACCAUUUUUUGGAAAGGUUCACAUUGGCUACAUCCCAAACAAAAAAGUGGUGGGGCUCAGCAAGCUGGCAAGGAUUGUGGAGAUCUUCAGCCGCCGACUUCAGGUUCAAGAGCGUCUGACGAAGCAGAUCGCCAUGGGCAUAUGUGAUGCGCUGCAGCCAAAAGGUGUGGCUGUCGUCGUAGAAGCAGCUCACAUGUGCAUGGUGAUGCGCGGUGUCCAGAAGAUGAACAGCCGCACGGUGACGAGCACCAUGCUGGGAGUUUACCUCGAGGACCCCAAGACCCGAGAGGAGUUCCUGGCUCUGGCGAUGCGCGCCUAACGGACCUCAAUCCGCUCUUCAUUCCCGAGCCGCCGCAGCGGAUAGAAAGCCACGGAUUCACUGUGGGUUCUGCUUGUGACACCUGAUGGGGAAGAGACAUGAAGUUGGUGCAAUGACCUCCAGCCUGUUGAGUUAACCUCAAAACGCUGAAGCCUGAGAGAUUUCCGUUGAAAUCACUGUGAACCCAACAAGCAAAUUCUAGGUGCCUUUAUUACUCAUUAUACAUUCUUGCACGGCAAUAUUGUUGUUAUGAAAUAUGUAACCUGAGUGCAAUACUGUAACAUGGCAACUUAAGAUAUGUAACAGUUAUUUGUCUUAUUGUUUUUCUUUCCAAUGGGAAUUUCAUUGGUGCUUUUCCAAAGUGUUAUUUACGUAAUCCAAACUUCUUUGUCAUUUAUAUACAUUUGUAAAACCUUUGAAUUUUAGUGACAUUUUGCGACAUCAAACAAACAUCUAAAGAUGAAAGAGUCCAGCCAAUCAAUGUAAAUCUGUGAUCAAAGGUAAUAUUGUCUUCUGAAGUCUUAAAUAAAGCUUUCUGAACAUUAAGAA